GUUGUUGUAGAUCCUAUCCGGAGUAAUCAUGUACAAGAUUAUCGCUCUAGUUGUUUUGGCUGUUGCAGCUGUUCAUGCUGCACCAAAUGCAAGGGACAUGGAUCCAAUGGAUCCGGUUCCACAUGCCCCCUUCCAAGCAUCGCUGCGUUCGAUGCCAGUUAUGAUCCACUACUGCAGCGGUUCAAUCCUCUCCGAGCGUUGGAUUCUAACGGCAGCCCAUUGCGUUCAGGGACAUACCACCAGCAGUUUCAAAAUUGUCGUUGGCAGUUAUACCAUCGAACCGCAAGGAAUGCAAUACGACGUCGCUGAAAUCCACAAGCACCCUAACUUCGAUCCAAUUUUCUACGAACAUGACAUGGCACUGGUGAUGACCGCGUCCGAUAUGGAGCUGAGUGAGGAUGUUCAGACCAUCAAUCUACCCAGCGUAGCUUCUUCGCCUGGUGAGCUGGUGGUCCUGACUGGAUGGCGAUCAGAUUACGAAGACGAAACGCCCAACGACAUGCAGAUGGCUCGUAAGGUCACAAUCGAAAACGAAGAAUGCGCGCAGAUGCAUCUGGAUGGAGAAUCCCACGUCAACAUCUAUCCGACCAACAUGUGCGCUCGUCCACGGAUGGUAGGAUGCUACUGCAUCAUCGAUGCCGGUGCCCCAUUGGCUACGGAAGACAACGUACUGGCUGGAGUGUUCUCACUGUCGGCUGGUUGCGGCCGCAUGCUGCCGGCUGUCUACACCCGAGUUCAGAGCCAUCGCGCUUGGAUUGCUAUGGUGACAGGAAUUUAA